GAGCAGCAGCAGGAGGAGGAGGAGGGGCCGACAGAAAGGCAGGCAAGAGGACAAGCGGGUGUUCUACUGCUUUCUGACCGACAUUCAGUCGACUUGAGCGGACAGAGACAAGAGAGGGUGCCCCCCCUCAGCUACCAGCCACCUUUUUGAGGAGAGGGCGAGUAAGCAGGCGGCUUAGCUCACACAUUCGCUGGAGGGAAACGACAGUUUUUAAAUGUCUUCCUGCACUUAAAAUCAAACUAGUGUUAAUUAAUUUCGACAUUUAAAAAAAUGUCCAUAUUACCCUUCACGCCUCCGAUCGUGAAGAGGCUGCUCGGUUGGAAGAAGGGCGAGCAGAACGGCCAGGAGGAGAAAUGGUGCGAAAAGGCAGUGAAAAGUCUGGUGAAGAAGUUGAAGAAGACGGGACAAUUGGAGGAGUUGGAAAAGGCCAUCACGACACAGAAUGUCAACACGGAAUGUUUAACGAUACCGAGGUCACUAGACGGUCGACUCCAGGUCUCGCACAGAAAAGGUCUCCCUCAUGUCAUCUACUGCCGCUUAUGGCGCUGGCCCGACCUGCAGUCCCACCACGAGCUGAGGGCCGUCGACCACUGUGAAUACGCCUUCCAUACAAAGAAAGAUGAAGUGUGCGUGAACCCUUAUCACUACCAGAGAGUGGAGACGCCAAUUUUGCCCCCUGUCCUAGUUCCAAGACAUACGGAUAUCCCUGCAGAGUUCCCACCGCUGGAUGACUAUAGUCCUUCCAUCCCUGAGAACACCAACUUCCCUGCUGGUAUUGAACCACAGAGUAACUACACACCCGAAACACCUCCACCCGGAUACUUGAGUGAGGAUGGCGAGACAGGCAAUCACCAGCUCAACCACAGCAUGGAUACAGGUUCACCCAGCCUGUCACCCAAUCCUGUGUCGCCCACAAAUAAUAAUCUUGACUUACAACCCGUGACGUACUGCGAGUCUGCCUUCUGGUGUUCCAUCUCGUACUACGAGCUCAACCAGCGUGUUGGAGAAACUUUCCACGCCUCCCAGCCCUCUCUCACAGUCGAUGGCUUCACUGACCCCUCCAACUCGGAACGCUUUUGUCUGGGCCUGCUGUCCAACGUCAAUCGCAAUUCUGCAGUGGAGCUCACGCGUAGACAUAUAGGAAAGGGUGUCAGGUUGUACUACAUUGGCGGAGAAGUGUUUGCUGAGUGUCUCAGUGACAGCGCCAUCUUUGUCCAGAGUCCGAACUGCAACCAGCGCUAUGGAUGGCAUCCUGCUACUGUAUGCAAGAUCCCUCCAGGUUGCAACUUAAAAAUCUUCAACAACCAGGAAUUUGCUGGUCUUCUCACCCAGUCGGUCAACCAGGGCUUUGAGGCGGUUUACCAGCUCACCAGGAUGUGCACCAUUCGCAUGAGUUUUGUCAAAGGAUGGGGAGCUGAGUACAGACGUCAGACAGUGACCAGCACCCCCUGCUGGAUAGAGCUGCAUCUCAACGGUCCUUUACAGUGGCUGGACAAGGUUCUCACACAGAUGGGUUCCCCCAGCAUCCACUGCUCGAGUGUGUCUUAAAGGCAGCCUCCUCCAGGUCACACGCUCAGGCUCUCACUUGAAGUGACAUGACACUACAGCAGUCUUCAGAUCAACCUCACACACUUUGCUUCUGCACGCUAGUGUCUUCAUGUGAAGCCGCAAGGUAUUUGCUGCAGGUUUCACAUACAAUACACCUUCUGUUUCUUCAUAAACACGUUGUUCAUGGUGAGGACUUUGAACUUAGUUCUUACAUUUUCAUUAAUUUCUCAGGAAAUACUUCACCCUAAUACAAAACAUCAAGCUUAUUUGUAAAACGUUUUGGAAAUACAUCCAAAUCCUCUGAAUCUAUCUCCGCUCAUGUAUCAUGUUACACAACCUUUUGGAUUCUAUGAAUGAACUAAACCUUUUACUAGUGUUUAUGUCCCAGUACCACUCUUAGUAAGUCGCUGAAUGUGGGAGUUUAUUGGUCAAAGCAGGGGGGAUAAACAUGAUCAAUGUGAUUAAAUAUAUAUAUACAGUGGAAACAAGGUAUUCAGACUUCUUCAAAAUGUUCACUCUUUGUUUCAUUGCAGCUAUUUGCUAAAAUCCAAAAAGUUCAUUUUAUUUCCCAUAUUUACAGAAAAAAACAGAACUUUUUGCAAAUUUAAAAAAAAGAAAAACUGAAAUAUCACAUGGUCAUAAGUAUUCAGAUGCUUUGCUCAGUAUUGAGUAUUAGCACCCUUUUGAUCUCGUACAGCCAUGAGUCUUCUGGAGAAUGACACAAGUAUUUGGGGAUCCGCUGCCAUUCUUUCUUGCAGACCCUUGGAUGGUGAACGUUGGCAGACAGCCAUAUUCAGGUCUCUGCAGAGAUGCUCAAUUGGGUUUAGGUCAUGGUUCUGGCUGGGCCAGUCAAGAAUGGUCACAGAGUUAUUCCAUAGCCACUCUUUUGUUAUUUUAGCUGUGUGUUUAGGGUCAUUGUCUUGUUGGAAGGUGAACGUUCGGCCCAGUCUGAGGUCCUAAGCACUCUGGAAGAAGUCUUUUUUCUAGGAUAUCUCUGCACUUGGCCGCUUUCAUCUUUCCUUCAAUUGCCCUGUCCCUGCAGCUGAACUACACCCCCAUAGCAUGAUGCUGCCACCACCAUGUUUCACAUUUGGGAUUGUAUUGGGCAGGUGAUGAGCAGUGCCUAGUUUUGUCCACACAUACCGCUUAGAGUUAACACCCAACAUUUAAUCUUGGUCUCAUCAGACCAGAGAAUCUUAUUUCUCAGUCUGGGAGUCCUUCAUGUGUUUUUUUGGCAAACUAUGCAGGCUUUCAUAUGUCUUUCACUGGGGAGAGGCUUCCGUCAGGCCACUCUGCCACUUUCUCCCUACUGCAUCUCUAGUGCUCAGCCAAAGUGAUAUUUGGGCUUUUCUCCCACCAUGGCUCAGUUUGGCUGGACAGCCAGGUCUAGGAAGAGUUUUGGUCGUCCCAAACGUUUUCUAUUUGAGAAUUAUGGAGGCCACUGUCCUCUUGGGAACCUUCAGUGCUGCAGAAAUUAUUUUGUAACCAUGGCUAGAUCUGUGCCUUGCCACAAUUCUGUCUCUGAGCUCCUUGGGCAGUUCCUUCAACCUCAUGAUUCUCAUUUGCUCUGACGUGCACUGAGAGCUGCACGGUCUUAUAUAGACAUGUGUGUGCCUUUCCUAAUCAGUUUAAUUAAACACAGCUGUGCUCAAAUGAAGGAGAAUCAGAAAAAAUGGACACCAUGUGAGUUAAAUAUAGGUGUCACAGCAAAGGGUCUGAAUACAUAUGACCAUCUGAUAUUUCAAUUUUUUUCAAAGUUCUACAUUUCUGUUUUUUUCUGUCAAGAUGGGGUGCUGAGUGUACAUUGACAAACUUGUUUUGAUUUUGGCAAAUGGCUGAAAUGAAACAGAGUGAAGAUUUUAAAGGGGUCUAAAUACUUUCUGUACCCAUUGUAGUUUAAGUACAAGGUACUUAGCCCACAAUGAUUUCAUCAUAUUAAUGAGAGUUAGAUGAUUACUUUCUAAUUGGUGUUUUAAACAGAAGCACGAUUAUUAAUAAUCCUUGUAUGGAAAACUAUUUUGCUCAAUGAAAGAUACAUUUUAUAAGUUAUUUUUGCAUACUGUCCUGCAUAGAAGUAUAUUUUUACGAUUGCCUCAGUAUGGUUGUACAUACAUAACUAUUUAUAGCUUGUGAAUUCUUGUAGUUCUGAUUGAAUCAGAGUGACUCCGCCUGCUUUAUUGUUGUCCCUUCUUUGGUGUUUGGUUAACUGAGGUCUAACACACACUGUAGAAUAAUGGCACAUGCUACUUCUGUUACAUAGCACAUACACUGACUGAUGGGCGCUCCAGCAUUUUUGCUAAAACAACAAACGUCUUAUCUCAUAGCACCAAUCUGCUCCAGGUGGGUGAAUGAUGCACUUCUUGUUUACCGUGUUGAUUGUUGUGCAGCUUCCGUUGUAGUUGUGUGUAAUUUCCUUAGACAUGGUCUUUGCCAUGUUAAUAUUCAUGCACCUCCAGUACAGUCAUAACCUAUUUAAAGCAGUAACAAAGCGCAUUAGUUUUUAGAGCAUUGUAUCUUCUUAUGGUCUUGCUUAAAUGUCCUGUUUCAUGUGCGUUCUUUGUUCACGGGGUCAAAUAUUUGUUCUAAAUGGCUUGUUUUGUUCUGUCUGAUAGUAAAUAAAUGUAAAGAGACAACAUA